AAACCCUAAUUCAGAUCAUAUAAAGGUGAGGGAGCAAGGAACUAGAAGAAGAUUUAACAGCUAGAAUCUUUCCUCUUUUGCUUGUCGUGUUUUCUAUUAUUCUCUCUUCUUUUUAUAGAAUGUUUUCUUCUCUCACUGAAAGACAAGAGGAAAGAUGAUUGAUAUAAGAGGAAGCUUUUAAGGAUAUAUAUAAAUAUGGCAACUUUCUCAAAGCUGUUUUAGAAGGAUGUAUUUUCUUUUCAUUCAUUUCUUGGCUACUUUUGCCAUGUCUUUGUAAUCGCUUUUUCGAGCUAUACCCAUAUCUUUGUUUCUGUUUUCCCAACUGUACAACUUUCACCAUCUAGAUGAUAUAAAAAAAAUAUAUAUAUAUAUAUAUAUAACGGCCCUUUCUAGCUUUUCAUACUGCAAUUUUAAAAAAGUUAAUCAAAGCUUUCUUCAUGGAUUCCAGUGAUAGUAGUAGCAUGCAAUCUGCAAGUGGGGUUGAUGAAGGGUGCGAGUCACCGACGGAGUCGGUCCCAGCUUUUAUGAACACUAAUCCCUUAUCAAAUCCACACCCAUCACUUGUCUUGCACCAUCAAAACCACCCACCAAUUUUCUUUGAUCCUUCUGCAAAUUAUCUCAACCCUUUCUCUCAAUCUCAACAAAUUGAUUCACUGCUGAAUAUUGAUGGGUUUAGGCCGCUAAGCCAAAGACCUAAACCAAACUGUUGCACUGUUGACUUGGGUAGCUUUCAUCUUCAAGGCUUAUCUUCAUCGAGCCAAUCUACAUUAGGUGCCCAAGAACUUAACCAAGGCUGCUUAUAUCCAAGCUCAUCAUCCUUGCAAUCAAGGCCAUAUCAUGAUGUAAGGCUUUUAACAAAAUCCGAUCAGAAAAGUGUUGUGAAGAACCCCAAGAAACGAACGAGAGCAUCGAGAACGGCACCCACUACAGUUCUCACCACCGACACAAUGAAUUUUAGAGCAAUAGUGCAAGAAUUUACUGGAAUCCCUGCUCCACCGUUUUCGGGUUCAUCAUAUUCUCGAAGGCCUGAUCUUUUCGGCUCUAGGUCAGGUAUGCGAUCCGGUCAUGUAGAAACUUUAGGUUCUCUCGACCCUCUACGUCCCUCAGCUAAAAGGGUUAAGCCAACUCCUUUUCUAGCUUCUUCUUCUCCGUCAUUGUUAAAUAAUCCUUUAGCUGAUGCUAAUAUUACCAAUACAAGUAGCAAUAAUACCGUUCCCACUUGUAGUAACUAUGCUCAACUGCCUUCUGAUUUAGGCAUGCUAAAACAGACUCAAAAUAUGCUAAACUUGCAGAACCAGAGCCCCCUCCUAUCAUUCCAGUCCUUCCUACAUCCUACAACUCUUCAGCCCUGUCUUAAUUUGGCUGGUUUUGGUGUGAAUUCCCAUGGAACUUCAGCCAUGCCUUCCAUUGAUGACUUGGGCAUGAGUCAUGGGAAUGAAGAUCAUUUGAGGCCUUUAGAUCACUGGAAUCGUGGUAGCACUGGUACUGAUCAAAAUUCACAAAGAAAUAACAGCUGCAAGUUGAACUACUCAGCUUCUUCAUCAGGUUUUCAGCAUGAUAAGGAAUUGGAAAACGUUUCACUUAGAGCUGAAGGUACGGUUGAUUCAUGGAAUUGUCCUGCAGACCAGUAGAAUAAUUACUUACAUGAAAUUUGUAAUGCAGAGAACUAGAAUUUUAAUGUGAAUAGGCUUUUCAAGCAGUAAUCAUGUUC